AUGGACACGCUGGACUUUUACCCACUAACUAUAGUCUUGACGUAUCUGGGAGAGGUGGAUGGAACAAGGUUGCUGCUCACCAAGAAGAAGUAUGCGAAGCAAAUCUUGCCCAUGUUUCAAUGGCGCCGCGCUGGAAAUGCCGAGCGCCAACAACGCUAUCGAUUUCAAGUGUCACCCGUACAAGAUCCUGUAGUGUUGCUACAGAGACUCAACACGAGACGAUUGAAACGGCGAACAUUGUCAAGAGAUAGUAACAGCAGUAAAAAUGGGGCCGCUGCUACGGGUGCUGCUACUAGCAAGGGAUUAUCAACGGUUCGGAGAGCCAAUUGGGAAUGGGAAGAAAUCACACCUCCCAACAACAAUUCCCCAUGGUCCAUUCUCCAGCAGAACCGUGGUGUGACAUUACUCUUGUCGUAUCCCCGCAGUGGCAAUACACUCUUACGAACCUUACUGGAACGGACUACCGGCAUUGUCACGGGCUCCGACACGCGACCAGAUCGCACUCUUUCCAAAGCUCUGGCAGAAGCCCACAAUUUGGUGGGCGAAGGCGUCACACACCGCACAAAAACGUGUUUUGUCAAGACGCAUUGGCCCGAACGGACGGGAUGGAAAAUCGUGACGGGACAUCGGGCUGUGAUGCUUGUUCGCAAUCCGUUUGAUGCCAUGGACUCGUACUGGAAUUUAAAUGUCACCAAUACCCACACGGAAACGGU